AUUUGAUUCAUUUUAUUUGGGGGGUCAGUGCCAUCAACAAUAUCGAAGGAAAAAAAAAAAACUAGCCGGGGGGUAAAAUACGAAGUUAUUCAAUAGACUUCAACAACUACAUCCGUGCACCUUUCACUUUCCUUGGUCCCCCGGACCCAUCCGAAUACAAAAUGGAACCAAGCACAGCAAAGCGACGCAAAUUGGAUCACGCAGAUGGUGGGCCAACUUUUGAAGCUGCAAAUGCGACAGCUGCCACGAUGGGUUCCUCCGGCGCAAGCGCAUUUGUUUUAGAGACCGAAGAAUUGCUGAAGGAAGUGAAGUUCGAUUAUGGCAAGACCUCUUCCGACGUCGAGGAUGUUUUGCGACAGCUCAAAAAUGUCAUUGAAGCCGCCGAACCUCACAUUCCCCUUCCCAUUGGCGACGUGACGGCAAGUUUUGAAAAGACCAAUCGCAUCACCAUUCCUUAUCCCGAUCCGCAACCAGCGAAAGAUGCUCCCUACAAGCUUUCCUUCGAGAGGCCAGCUGAGGUCAACGUGGCGGGCAGUUGGAUCCUGAAGACUAAUACAAAGUCCCAACCGGAUCUGGCAGUUGACAUGAUUGUCGUUAUGCCUUCCUCCAUCUUCCAGGAGAAGGACUACUUGAAUAUGAGAUAUUUCUAUAAGAGGGCAUACUAUUUAGCUUAUAUUGCCGCUGAUCUUCGAGAGCAAUUAGGCGCAACCACCGAAUUCGUCUUCGAUCAUAUGCACGGGAACAUGCUAUUACCUAUACUGGUUGCUCGACCAAAGAAUACCGCGAACAGAGAUGAUGGUUCAGAGAUGUCGAAUUCCCGUCGCAAACCAAUCCCGGCGAUCCGCAUAAUUCCAUGCGCUCCCGAAGAUUACUUCCCAGCGGGAAAGCUCACGGCAGUCAGCAAUGCUAUACGGCAAGGCAAAUCCGAAGGAGGCGAGGAUGCAAAAGUACCUACGCCUUUUUACAACGCAACCCUCAAAGCCGAAGGUCUCUUCCCCUCUUAUUUGCGAUUACUCUAUCGGACUGUGAAGUCCUGUUCCGCGUUCAAAGAUGCGUGUGUUCUGGGUCGUAUAUGGCUCCAGCAGCGAGGGUUUAACGGCAAUAUCAGCAAUGGCGGUUUUGGUCAUUUCGAAUGGGCAGUCUUGAUGGCGCUUCUCUUACAGGGCGGUGGCCGGAAAGGAGAACCAGUACUUUCGCCUUCGCUACAUAGCACACAGCUAUUCAAGGCCACCCUGCAAUACAUCGCUUCAGCAAACUUGCAAAAGAAGGCAUUGGUUAUAGGCAAGGACUCUCACGGCCCAGAAUCUAUUCGUCAAUCCAUGCCAGUUCUGUAUGAUACUGCUCGUGGGAUCAACGUCCUCUACAAGAUGACGCCGUGGUCUAUAGCGAUGCUAACCGAGCAAGCUAAAUGGUCACUUUCUGCAAUCAACGAUAGUCCACACGACCAGUUCGAUCCACUAUUCAUUGUUAAAGUCGACCAACCAUUACAGACAUUCGAUAUACUUAUGAGUGUCAAACUUCCUAACUCGAAGGAAGGAGUUCAAUCUGUCGACCGCAAAGGAUUUGUGUGCGAUUUCAGCACCAAAUUAUAUAAUACAGUAAAAAGGGCUUUAGGCGAACGAGCAGAGUUAAUCCACAUUAGCCUCCCAGAGACAGGGACGUGGCCGGUCUCUGCAAAUAUUCCCCAAACGAAAAAUGCAAGCCUCCUAGUUGGGAUUAUCAUAGAUCCCCUGAAAGCAUCUCAGGGCCGUGACUAUGGCCCACCGUACGAACAGAAGAAAGAGGCGGCUAAAUUCCGCGAGUUCUGGGGUGAAAAAUCAGAUCUUUGGCAAUUUCCUGAUGGAAGUAUCGUCGAGAGCCUUGACUGGACAGAAUAUAGCUACUUGGGUUUUCCCGGAAUAUGCGAGGCCAUCAUACGGUACAUCCUGAAGCUGCGGCUACAGGUAGGUGAUGGCGAUCUAGAAUUCUAUGGACAAGAUAUGCCCAAAGUCAUAUCAUUUGCUCCCUCGGAAAAGGUGGCCUUCGAUGCGGCGAGAGAGGCUUUCGAGAACCUUGAGGGGGAUAUCCGUAACCUACAAGAUCUGCCCUUGCACGUAAAGCAAGUGGCUCCUAUUAGCACAGCUUUGAGGCGUACAUCAUUAUCUGUGCCAGAAUUCAACUUCAGGAAACCUUUACUACAGCCAAUGGAGGUCGUCGUUUCUUUCGAAGUAUCUGGCAAGUGGCCCGAAAAUUUAGCGGCCAUUCAGAGAGCCAAGGUUGCGUUCCUCUUGAAAAUUGCCAGCUCCUUAGAGGAAGUCAAAGGGAAUGUCAGGACACAUAUCGGGAUGGAGAACACCACACGCGACGAUGAGAACCUGGCAUUUUUAGACAUUGUCUACGAGGAUGGCGCUUCCUUCAGACUCCGCGUGUAUAGCGAUCUCGAGGAGGCUCUACUGGACAAACGUACAAAGGACCAGACGAUCGAGCGUCAUGUUCGUACUGAAGCUGCCGAACUACUCGCCUUGUACAAACGGAUGUACAUCAACUUACCACUCCACAACCAAACCAUCUCUACCUUCUGUACUAGAUUCCCCGCAUUAUCCUCCUCCAUACGCCUCACCAAACACUGGUUUGACUCUCAUAAGCUAUCAUGCCACUUUAACGAAGAGGUAAUAGAGCUCUUCGUCCUGCAGGCAUUCCUCAAGCCAUACCCGUGGCAAGCCCCCUCCAGCGCCAUAACAGGCUUCAUUCGAACGCUCCUAAUGCUAUCGAGAUGGGACUGGCGCGACGAGCCCCUCGUCGUCGACUCGGCGGGCUCCUUAUCGACCUCGCAACGGCUAGAAAUCGGUACCCGGCUCAAGGCCUGGCGCAAAAUCGACCCCAACAUGAACCGCACGAUCCUCUUCGUGGCUACCUCCCACGACGUCAGCGGCAUUGCGUACACGCACGACGGCCCGACCAAGGUCGUCGCCACCCGGAUGACGAGCCUCGCCAGAUCCGCGUGCAAGGCCGUGAAAGAAAAGAGCGUCGACCUCGGCUUGCGCAGCCUCUUCCAGUCCCCGCUGCGCGACUACGACGUCCUGCUGCACCUGUCCCCGAAGGCGCUUAAGAGCAUCACUCGGGCGGACACGGCGGCGGCGGCAGCGUCCAGUAGGCGCUCGCAGUACAAAAAUCUGGCGGACGAGACGGGGCUAGGCGCGCUCCCGCUCCUGGAACCGCCGGCCCGCAGCCUGCUCAGACAGCUGAGGGAGACGUACGGCAGCCCGCUGCUGUUUUUCCACGGGGGCCAGGAUGAUGGCGUUAUCGGGGCGCUGUGGAAUCCGCAGCUGCACGCGCGCGCGUUCACGGCGCAUAUGCCGUGUUCGCUAGGGCCGUCUAGUGGUAGCGGGAGCGGCAGUGGAAGUAUCAAGGGGGAUAAGGAAGGUAGUAUUGGUAGUGGUAGUGGUAGUGGUAGUAUUGGUGGUGGUGAUAAGGGUGGUGCUAUGUACGAGGUUAAUAGGACGGCUAUAUUAGCGGAGAUAGCGCGGAUCGGGGGGGAUGUUAUUGAGAGGAUUGAGGUGGUUAGGGAGUAGAAGUACUAGGUCUAAUAAGCCUGCGUAGAGGUAUUGUACAUACAUACCACAUACCAUACCUACCUCCUACCUCUCUCAGGUAUUUGCCUAGGUACCUCUAAAGGUUUAAGUAGUGGACUGGUUACCCGAGGUUAGGUACCUACCUAACGUAAGGUAAUUACCUAACCUAGCUGUACAUACAUGCGUAAUAAUG